AUGCCGCGAUGCUACAUGGUGAAGAAGGCUCUGUGCAACAAGUACAUAAGCAGCGUUGCCAGAGGAUUCGAGGGCUGGAGCCGUGGAAGGAGCACCACGCCAUCACCAACCACCAUACAGCUGCCCGCGGAGGGUUGCGACGCACCGUCUGUUGCUCAAGAAUGCGUCAACACGAAGGAUACAGACGACGUUGCGACUCGCGCAAUGCCCAACGAGGAACCUUCGGAGGAACAACAACCGAGCGACACGGGCAAUUGCACCGUGAUAACACCCGCUGCGAUCACACGAAUGGAAAGGACCACCGCGACAUCCCUGACGAAUCUGUUCCCGACGACCGUCUCUUCCGGAGAGGCAGUAAUGGCGACGACGACGACGACGACGACGACAACAACUUGUUCGAAAGAGUUUACACCGAGCAUCACGACGCUCCAGCAACCGCCAUCUCAAGAACCUUCUCCGCUGUCCGGCGCACUGUAUCACUUGGAGGAAAACGCCACGAAUACUUUAGACUCGGAGCACACGAGGACACGACUGGCUGCUUCCUGCGCCGUGAUACCUAGUCACGCAUCGCCCGUGUUCAAGGACCGUUCCGCCGCAGAGACGGAAGCGGCGCACGAUCUUCUGGAGCUCUCUCGGUCGCUGCCGCCGUUGCCGCCACCGAGCGUCGCCAUCGGCCCUCAGAGCGUAAUCGAGGCACCGGCGAGCGACGUUCAGGAGAUGACGGUCUACCAACCGGCCGAGCAGUCGAUUUAUCAGGUGAACACAAUCGACCUGACCACUUCGACCAUCUAUCAUCAGCAACAGCAGCAGCCAGUCGCGGCUGCAGCCGGCAUCAUCUACGACAGCAGUGCUACCAUUGUUCCACCUACGGGCAGCGUUUUCAUACCCUUACGACCGGUACAGGAGAUUCUACUGACAUACAGCGCGUCCACCAUACCAUGCGCGUCCAUUAUCGCUCAGCAACCGCUACCGCCGCAGCAACAGCCGCAGCAGAUCGAGGCUGCGCCGCCGCUAACGCCACCAAAUUCCGAAUGUAGCAGCGACAUCGAGAACAGUAACCCGAACUCGCAGCCGACGCAGAAGGACAAAGAGGUGCAGACUGGAGCGGAACAGACGGAGGGGGUGAAGCCAGCCAGUUAUACCUAUGACACGUUACUCGUCUCGGACGGCAGAUCGAAACACAAGAGAAUGAUCGUGGUGCAAAAGGACCAGUCGACGGAGGCGGUCGAAAUGGCUGAGUAUACCAAGACUGGACGUUACGCGUGCCUCCAGUGUGGUAAGCAAUAUGCGACCUCGUCGAAUCUGUCGCGGCACAAGCAGACCCACCGCAGCAUCGACUCGCAAUCCGCGAAGAAGUGCAUCCAUUGCGGCAAGGCGUACGUCAGCAUGCCCGCCUUGGCGAUGCACGUGCUGACGCACAAGCUGACGCACAGUUGCGGCGUCUGCGGCAAGAUGUUCUCGCGACCUUGGCUACUUCAGGGUCACCUGCGCAGCCACACAGGCGAGAAGCCGUACGGUUGCGCCCACUGCGGCAAGGCGUUCGCCGACCGCUCGAAUCUGCGGGCGCACAUGCAGACGCACUCGGCCGACAAGAACUACGAGUGUCCCAAGUGUCACAAGUCGUUCGCGCUCAAAUCCUACCUGAACAAGCAUCUUGAGUCGGCGUGCCAGCGCGAGAACAAUGAUGAAGAGGACAGCAACGACGUCGACACGCCAGGACCGGAAUAA